AUGAUCCGCCCGAAGUAAUGCCGUACCAAAGCGCCUCCAAACAGCGCGCAUUUUCAUCUCUCCGGCCUUCCUCGGUGCGAUGUGGGUUGUCCGCGGGGCGCGUUUGCAACGGUAGAUUAGCAUUGCGCAACGGCAGUGGAACAAACAGGUUGUUUUAAUAUUUGUGUACGCAGUGUCGUUUCGAUUUGACACACCGUUUCGAGGCGGUUAAAGUUGAGGUAAGGUUUCCCCACAAACUAUGUAAAUGUUUUCUAUUUGUUUAUUUAUAUUCGGCCUCGGCUCUCGCUUUUUAUUAUUCAAUAGUUGUCCAUCACCUUUCGGAAUGCGUGUGCAAUUCAUUCGCCAUUUCGCCGUCGAUUCCAUUCGUUUUUUUUGCCUUUCAUUCGCUGUUUUCCAGGCAGCAGAGGCCCGAAACGAGUCAGCCAACCCCGCAGUUCUGCCCUCCUCACUCAUUGUGCUGCUUCCUCGCCUGCGUCUCCACACCCACUCGAUGUGCAUUCUCUAAUCGGACAUCGCUUUGUUUUGGUGCUCUGUGUGGCGGUCCACUCGUCGAUACGAUGAAAUCUCUCUAUUGGACCGUUCUUCUCGUGCUUAUCACCACGUGCCUGGCCAGCAAUAAUGGAAACACGCGGCUGGAUAUGGCUGCUCAAAGAGUAAGAGUAAGAGAAGAUGAGUCAUCGGUAACGAAACUGUUUCAGAGAGCCGCUAAUAUUCACCGAAUGGAUACCAUUAUCCUGCUCACGUACGUUUCCGUUAUGGUGCUGAUUGUGGUGACCGCGUGGGCGUUCAAGCACUACCGCUUCAGAUUCAUCCAUGAGAGCGGAGUCACUCUUUUCUAUGGCAAGUCGAUACCAAUUAUGCGUAUACCAAUGUGCUCCUUCUUCAGGGUUAUUGAUCGGUUUUGUCAUUCGUUACUUCGGGCUCGGCUUGUUGCAAUCACAAACGUUUGAUGUUAUCACGAAGAACAAAACAAUCGUGAAAGAACCUCCAGAUUACUUGAUGUACGUUUUUAAAAGUUAUUUUGUAGAACUAUGCUCUAUUCAGGCUGGAAGUGAAGCCGGAGGGAGGCUCCCGUGUUUCUUUCCAUUAUGAACUCAUCGAAGGAUUCUUCGCAGACAAGCGAAAGAAAAUCGAGCAACAAAUCGAGCAAAAGGUUUUACUCCGUCUCUUCCCACUUUAAUUUCAGCUAAUCAUGGUUUUGUAGAGUGUUUUCUCUCCCGAAGUCUUCUUCAACAUGCUCAUUCCACCGAUCAUCUUCAACGCGGGGUACUCACUGAAAAAGAGACACUUUUUCCGGAACAUUGGGAGUAUACUCGCGAUAGUCUUCAUCGGAACAACUAUUUCAUGCUUCGGCACAGGGUAUCAACCGGAGAGAGUUCGUUUGGGGAAAAAGUAAACAUGGUUUCAGAUGUUUGAUGUUUGUCUUCACUUCAAUUUUCCAAAUGGGCUACACCUUCAAGGAGCUCCUCUUCUUUGGAGCUCUCAUUUCAGCCACAGACCCCGGUAGUUUAUGAGAAGCAGCAUUGUGAACAAAUAAGAAUUUCAGUCACCAUCAUUUCGGUUUUCAAUGAUAUGAAUGUCGAAGCUGAUUUGUUUGCUCUGAUAUUUGGAGAGAGUGCGCUGAAUGACGCAGUGGCUAUUGUAUUAUCUGAGUGAGUGCACAAAUGAAUAACUAUGAUUACAAAAAUCUUUCAGAGUAAUCGAGAACUUUUCAACCACCAACGAAGCGAUUACUCUUCAAGACGUCGGAAGUGCUAUUGCUGGUUUCGGCGGCGUCUUUUUUGGUGACUAAUGGCUUUUUCGAAGAAAAUCACGGUUUUUUUCAGGCUCAUUGAUGCUCGGCUUCGUGAUCGGAUGCUGCAACGCGUUCCUCACCAAAAUGACCCUUAUUUCUGAGCAUUCAUUACUAGAGAGCUCACUUUUUGUGCUCAUUUCCUACAUCUCGUUUUUAGUGGCUGAAGUGUGCGGACUAACGGGUAACGUCGAAUAAAAUCCCUAUAAUCCCUAAACUUGUGUGAUUUCAGGAAUUGUAUCCGUAUUGUUCUGUGGAAUCGCUCAAGCGCAUUACACCUACAAUAAUUUGUCGAAUGAGUCACAGUCGAACACGAAACACUUUUUCCACGUGAGGAAUUCGAUUUGAUGAAAGAGUGUUGAAAGGGUACCUCCUUCUUUAGAUGAUUUCGUUCAUUAUGGAGAGCUUCAUCUUUUGCUACAUCGGAGUCAGUGUGUUUGUGACCAACAAUCAGCGUUGGAGCUUUUCUUUCCUUCUUUUCUCUUUGGUUAGUUUCCCAGAGAAUAAUUUGUUAUCUUUAUCGAAAAAUUUUCAGAUAUCGAUAACGGCCUCUCGUGCAAUGUUCGUCUAUCCGCUCAGUUGGCUCCUCAACAUCCGUCGGCGUCCCAAAAUUCCAAAAAGGUUUGCUAGUAACCUUUCCCUACAAAAUGUGCUCGAAAUACAUUUAAUCUUGGAAAAUGAUCGUAAAAGAAAGAGUCAGGUGAAAUUUUCAGGUAUCAGCAUAUGAUACUUUUUGCGGGAUUGCGAGGAGCUAUGGCAUUUGCACUGGCCGGGAGGAAUACGUCGACUGAAAACAGACAAGUAGGGAUGAUACACAAAUUACAAAUGCAGUUCCCAGUGGUUUACAGACUAUUUUCGCUACAACAACCGCUGUUGUUAUUGUGACAGUUUUGGUGAACGGAGGAUUGACCUCGUGGAUGAUCGACUAUUUGCAAAUCAAGUAAAUUUCCGAAAUUCAGUUCUAUUACUAUGCAAUUUGUUGUUUUAGGCAUGGUAAAGAUGCAAUUGAGGAAGGCCAACGGUUGGAGAAUGAGAUGAGCUGUUCACAAGGAGAAACCGCCUCCGAACUGGAUGAGACGGUGCCGGUGACCAUGUCGCCCGGCCUCAAUCCCUGGGACAAGGCGUUCCUCCCCCGAAAGUGGUAUCAUUUUGAUGCCAGGUUAGUGACUCUGACAGUGUACAAAAAAUGUUGGUUUUCAGCUUCAUGAAACCAUUGCUGACCCACGCGACGCCGUCUCUCGAGCAGACGCUUUCUCCAAUCUGCCUCCCUCUCACUUCACUGCUCACAUCAAGCCGUCAGCGAUCAGUGAGUAAACACAAAACGGUCAUUUAACAGUGAUAACCUCCGCAUGUUGUGAACUUUUCUGCCAACUCCGCAUGACUCCGCUGAGUUCCCUUCGAGCACAGCUUUUCAAUUCUUCCCAUAAUGCCGCUCACUCAUAAAACCUAUUCAGGACGAGUCUUCAACCUUCGAUUCCGAGUAAGCCGUAGACCAUCCCUGUGUUGUGUAUGUUUCCCUAUUAUAAUAAAGAACCUAAGUACGAUGGAAAUUCUCUGUUGUUUACUUCUACAACUAAACAGAACGUAACUACUCACUGAUGUCAGAUUUUUGUUUUCAAUUUUAUCUUUCUCCUUUCAGUACGUCAACUCGGAACCCUUCGACACUAUCGUACAGUCAGGUAAAAGAAAACACAUUGGACUGGUUAUAUAUUCGAAAAUUUUAGAUGGAAACUUGAUCGACGUUUCUGGGUGUGCCGAAGAAUCCGUUUGA